GUUUUUUGUAUUUUUUAGUAGAGACGGGGUUUCACCGUGUUAGCCAGGAUGAGACCCCAUCUCUUAAAAGACGCGUGUUGAAAGAAGGGUGGAUGUUUUUGUAUGUAAAUAAUGACUUGACAAAUUUGAUUUGAAACCAAAUAGUGCCCACAGCAGCCGCUGGUGCUUACACAGCACUUCCUGAGUGCUGCAACUCAGGUCUGCACGGUGCAUCCCAGAGCCACACAGACCCCACCUAGGUUUGUGAGUGGGGCACAUUGGCACCAGCUGCCCGGCUGCUUGUGUGCUGCAUGGCAGAGCCAGCGCCAAGUCAUUGCAACAGGGACCACCUGGCUCCCAGAACCGAGCAUGCCGGUUUCGGUCCCUUUACAGAAAGAAGAGGUGACUCCUGUUGCACCUGUGGUUCACCCAUUUAAUCCUCCCCACUGUCGUCCAAAGCACAGGUGCCAUUCCUUCCACCGUUCAGAUGGGGAGACGGAGGGUCAAUCCCACACGGCUCAGGUGGCCGAGUCAGGAUCUGAACCCAGGUGCACACUCCCCUGGCUUCUGCGUGGUUCUUCUGUGUGAGUGUUCCUCGGGGUCACAGGGGGCAGCCCCCAUGAGCCUGAGCGGCCCCUCCUCCCUCCCUUCUCCACAGUCAGGCGCCUCCAGCUUCGGGGAGAAGUUCUCCCGAGUGAAGUUCUCGCCGUCACUCACGCUGUUUGGCGGCAAGCCCAUGGAGGGCUGGAUCGCGGUGACGGUCAGCGGCCUGGUCACCGUGUCCCUGCUGAAGCCCAGCGGGCAGGUGCUGACGUCCACCGAGAGCCUGUGCCGGCUGCGCGGCCGUGUGGCCCUGGCCGACAUCGCCUUCACGGGCGGCGGCAACAUCGUGGUGGCCACAGCGGACGGCAGCAGCGCGUCACCCGUGCAGUUCUACAAGGUGUGCGUGAGCGUGGUGAGCGAGAAGUGCCGCAUCGACACGGAGAUCCUGCCCUCCCUGUUCAUGCGUUGCACCACCGACCUGAACCGCAAGGACAAGUUCCCCGCCAUCACCCACCUCAAGUUCCUGGCCCGGGACAUGUCGGAGCAGGUGCUUUUGUGCGCGUCCAGCCAGACCAGCAGCAUCGUGGAAUGCUGGUCCCUGCGCAAGGAGGGGCUUCCCGUGAACAACAUCUUCCAGCAGAUCUCCCCCGUGGUUGGCGACAAACAGCCCACGAUUCUCAAAUGGCGGAUCCUGUCGGCCACCAACGAUCUGGACCGUGUGUCGGCCGUGGCGCUACCCAAGCUGCCCAUCUCGCUCACCAACACCGACCUCAAGGUGGCCAGCGACACACAGUUCUACCCGGGCCUCGGGCUGGCCUUGGCCUUCCACGACGGCAGCGUCCACAUCGUGCAUCGGCUCUCACUGCAGACCAUGGCCGUCUUCUACAGCUCCGCAGCCCCGAGGCCCGUGGAUGAGCCGGCCAUCAAGCGCCCCCGCACCGCGGGCCCCGCCGUCCACUUUAAGGCCAUGCAGCUCUCCUGGACCUCACUGGCCCUGGUGGGCAUCGACAACCAGGGGAAGCUGAGCGUGCUCCGCCUCUCGCCCUCCAUGGGCCACCCGCUGGAAGUGGGACUGGCACUGCGGCACCUGCUUUUCCUGCUGGAGUACUGCAUGGUGACCGGCUAUGACUGGUGGGACAUCCUGCUGCACGUGCAGCCCAGCAUGGUGCAGAGCCUGGUGGAGAAGCUGCACGAGGAGUACACGCGCCAGACCGCUGCCCUGCAGCAGGUUCUCUCCACCCGGAUCCUGGCCAUGAAGGCCUCGCUCUGCAAGCUGUCGCCCUGCACGGUGACCCGCGUGUGCGACUACCACACCAAGCUCUUCCUCAUCGCCAUCAGCUCCACUCUGAAGUCGCUGCUGCGCCCCCACUUCCUCAACACACCCGACAAGAGCCCCGGCGACCGGCUGACCGAGAUCUGCGCUAAGAUCACUGACGUCGACAUUGACAAGGUCAUGAUCAACCUCAAGACGGAGGAGUUUGUCCUGGAUAUGAACACGCUGCAGGCGCUGCAGCAGCUCCUGCAGUGGGUGGGCGACUUCGUGCUCUACCUGCUGGCCAGCCUACCCAACCAGGGCUCCCUGCUGAGGCCGGGCCACAGCUUUCUGCGGGACGGCACCUCGCUGGGCAUGCUUCGGGAGCUGAUGGUGGUCAUCCGCAUCUGGGGCCUGCUGAAGCCCAGCUGCCUGCCCGUGUACACGGCCACCUCGGACACCCAGGACAGCAUGUCCCUGCUCUUCCGCUUACUCACCAAGCUCUGGAUCUGCUGUGAGGCCCCCUGCCCUCUGCUCCCCUCUCCCUGCCAAAGCACACCGUGUCUGAGACCCCCACCAGAACAUAAGCCCCUGCAGGUGGCAAUGGCUCUGCCUUGAUCUCUGCCAUUUCCCCGGUUCCCAGCACAGGUCCUU